UGUAGUGACGUUCCGGAAUUUCUCUUUUCUGCUACUAGCAUUGGCGAAACCUUCGGGCGGGGUGGCUACCUGCACUAUUUUACUCAACACCUUCCUAUACACCGUGCUCUGAUUUCCUACCCAUCAAGUUUUCAGUUCGGUCGAAUACUUGCAGUUUUCCGAGUGGUCAGUGCAAGUGAAGCGAUUCUGUACCAGGUGUAUUGCGCAAAAAAAAACGCGUGUGUGUUGUUCUUUCCGGUUACCAAAUCUUGCAAACUAGAAGCCAGCUCGGUACAUUCUGCUUUGUUUAGCAACAAACGUCUACCUAAAUUUAGUUUACUGAUAACUUAUCGCCGCACGAUAUUUUAAUUCCGAAGCAUUCGAAAAGAAAUCGAAGGUGUUCAGAAGUUAUUCGUCGCAAUCAGUAACUAAUUUAUGUUUCAUCAGGCCGUUUACCUCAGCUGAAAGCUACCACUGAAAGAGCGCCAGCUAAAAGAAGUUAAAUAAAGAGCUAGGAAAUUAUUAAAUCAGUGAUGGCUCCAACAACGCCAGCCUUGCAGGAUGACGAGAGGUUCGCUCUGAUGAAGUUCCGAAGACAAGUAGCAGAUAUCCUGAGACCUGAACACGACGAUUACUAUCUCUUACGAUGGUUACGAGCACGUUCCUGGAACCCGGAAGCAUCCGAAAAAAUGCUACGUGACUCGAUGAAGUUUCGCGAACGCUGGAAUGCUGACGAAAUCGACAAAUGGCCAACGCCUCAAGUGCUACUGGACCUGACGCCACACGGCCUCUCCGGGUUCGACAAAGAAGGCUCCCCUAUUAUUAUUAUCGCAUUCGCCGGCUUUGACAUCUGGGGUCUGCUGCAUACCGUUUCGCGGGCGGAUAUCGUUCGAAUGACGCUUCAGGCCUUGGAAGGCUACAUGAAGUUGGCAUAUGAACAAAGCAAAAAAACGAAUAAUCCCGCCGCACGGCAGGUUGUUGUAAUCUUCGACAUGGACAAUUUUAAUCUAAAGCAAUACGUCUGGAGACCCGCCGGGGAGGUUGUUAUUUCACUGAUCAAAAUGUAUGAAGCCAACUAUCCCGAAAUUCUUAAGUGCUGUUACAUCAUUAACACUCCAAAAGUGUUCGCCUUUGCGUAUAAUAUGGUCAAAAAGUUCCUCGGUGAAUACACAAUCCAAAAGAUCAAGAUCUACAAGUCGGACCAGAGCAAAUGGCUUCCGGCUAUUCUGCAACGCUGUGAUGCGUCUCAAAUCCCCAAGUAUUUUGGUGGAACAAUGACGGAUGAAGACGGAAACCCCAGAUGCGUGAGCAAACUCCGCUGGGGUGGUAAAGUGCCGGAGUCGAUGUAUACCUCAAAAGAGGAUAGUUUUAACAACAAUUUAACCUUUUCCGAGACUGAAAUACGCAAAGGGGGAAAGCUGAAGCUGUCGUUCGACUGCGAGGAUGUGGGCUGCUUCUUGAAAUGGGAGUUCCGCACCUUCGAUCAUGACAUCAAGUUCGGCAUCAAAUGUACCAACAAAAAGACUCAUGAAAGUGAAAUCGAAGUACCACUAAAACGGGUGGCCUCCCACCAGGUUGACGAAUCGGGCUUCAUCACUUGUCAACCGGGAUGUACUUAUUCCGUUCUGUUCGACAACUCGUACAGCUACUUCAAAAACAAGAAAAUACGAUACUCGGUCUUACUGACCACCCCGCUCAGCGAAAUUGAACAAACGGCCAGUUCAAUCACGGAGGAAGCUGCAGAAGCUACAGAGGACUAGGCGAUUUUUUAUAAACACCUGUACCUGAUGUAGGUUCUACGUGAUCAACUGUCUUCUAAUGGUAUCUUUUCAAGAAAUUUUCACAUUGGUGGGAGAGUGACUAGGUAUAGAAUAUUUUACAUUCCGGUUACGCCUUCGGCAGGUUAAAUAUUUUAUUUUCAAUUAUAAUUCUUUCGCUCUUUUCAUAUCUGUGCUAUAUUGUUUUAGUCAGAUUUCGACUUUUUUUAACCAAAGAACUUAGCAUUGUUUUGCUAGAACUGUUCUUUUUUCAGUGGUAAUGCCCUCGAGAACUUGGAAAAAGAGUAAAAUGAUUGGAUAUACUGAUAAAAAUAAACUAGCUAUAAUAUUGAAAAGUGUGAUCUUAGGUAUAUAAAAUAAC